AAGAAAAUUUGCGAAGAUGAGUUGCCAACAGAGUUUCUGGUUGCUCUCAGUUUUACUGGUAAUUCUCUGUGCUCUCGGCGCCAGCACAGCGAGCGAUUCGUGUAAAGAUGCCUUCGAUACAGAGUAUUUACCGGCGAGUUGCAAUGAAGCAGUUCAUUUGACAGGGAAGAAAGCUAAAAGUGGCAUAUAUAAAAUAAAAUUGCCUCCACAAUACGGCGAUGGUAAAGCGUUCUAUGUUCACUGUUUAUUGGAUCCAUCGGGUGGAGAAGCCUGGACACUAAUACAACUACGACAAGACAAUAAUACAGACUUUUAUCGUGGUUGGAAGGAGUACAAGAACGGUUUUGGCAACUUGAAUAUGAAUUUCUUCUUUGGUCUCGAUAAAUUACAUGCACUAACGGCCUCACAAUUGCACGAAUUAUGGAUCGAGUUGAGGGAUUUCGAGGGUAGUACAAAGUAUGCCAAGUACGACAGUUUUGCCAUUGCCGACGAAAGACAAAAAUAUGGUUUGAGUAUUUUAGGAGAAUAUUCGGGCACAGCAGGUGAUGGGAUGUUGAACGCACACGCUGGUUCCCCUUUCUCCACAUACGAUCAAGAUAAUAGCGAGCGGUCGUUUAAUUGUGCAGAAGCAUAUAAAGGCGGAUGGUGGUAUGGAAAUCCUAAUUGCCAUCAGAGUAACUUAAAUGGACUCUAUCUUAAUGGUGUCACUAACUCGUAUGCUGUUGGUAUAACUUGGUAUUCAUGGCGUGGAGAUUACUACUCGCUGAAAUAUGUCCAUAUGGCAAUUAGACCAAAAGAACUACGCAUCCAGGACAAAUCAGUUAAUUAGUAUUGGAUUAUAAAGAGAGAGUUACGUGAGUAGACCUCAGCAUGUCAAUAUUCGAUGCCUUCUCUGAGUGUAAAGGAACAUGGAAAGCAGGGUUCAUCAAACUUCUAACAUUUUAUCAAUUUCUAACUAUGCCAAAUUAUUAUAUUUUUUUCAAUUGUUCUUUAUUUAUUGGAUCUGCUUUUUAAAACCUAACAAAAAAUUAAACAAUAAUUUAUUUAUAAUUUAUAGGUAUAAAAUCUAAAAUCUAUUUAAAAACUAGACAAGCUCAAGCAAAUGAUUGAGCUGUUUUGGUGAAACGUUGCUCUUCUGUUUAGGCGUGUUUGAUCGCAGGAAUAUACCAAAGCAUUAGCCAAUGGGUUUGAGUGAUCACGGAGUUUAGAUAUAUAUUUCAAGCUGCUGUUCUCAACUUCUAGAUACCUAGAUUUGAUGGGUAUUUUCAAUGCGCAUGAACCAUGGCGAACACGUGAUUGUACUAAGUAUUUUCGAUUGGAACCUUUGUAUUAUAUCGAUAUUAGUUGCAAAGGUUGUACUACACUGUUGAAUGCCAUACAUGCAAGUUUGGAGUUUUUAUUUAAAAGCCAAUUUAAAUUUGCAGCUCUUAUCUUAAUGCAAGUUAUUUUACUAGAUAUGUAUAUGUUUUCUCCACGUGAGCCUUCAUUUAGGUGAAUACCAAUACCAAGAUACCUUCAUUCGCUUGAGGCACUAGAAUAUUGUUAAUUUUUACUGCCUGGCACAUUUUUGGUCUUAGCGAAAAUGUAACAUGCUUACACUUCUGUUCAUUUACAUUUAUAAACCAAUCCAUUCAUCGAUAGAACUUAAAUGCUCCGCUAAUAUUCUUGAUGCUACUAUGGGGCAUUUAUUAUGGCUCACUAGAGCUGUGUCAUUCGAAAAGGUUGAUGUCAAAACAUUAUUAUGUAGCUAUUAAGAGAGCAGCUGCAUACAUAUAUGAUGUAUAGAAUUGGGCCUACAACACUGUCCUGUCCUUAUCUGUCGUUCAUCAGAUAUGAAAUCUCCUACUUUAACCAUAAAUUGCCUAUUUUUAAAUAAGAUUCUAGUAUUUUAUAUAAUUUUAAAGGUAUUACGUUUUUAAUCUUAUAUAAAAGGCUUUCAUGCUACACUUUAUCAAACGCCUGAGCUACGUCUAGAAAUAUAACUGAAUAAAUUUUUUUCUGACUAAUUAA